AUGUCAACACCCUCAGCAUACCGACCGUCCCCGUUGGGAUACGGAUCGGGCUCAGCGCGCUCCUCUCCCUUCCGUCGGCCACAAUCGCCCGCUUCUUCUGCCACGUUACGACAGGGGGAAACACCGACCAAAGAUAGCUUCUCGGAGGCUCGCGCAAAGUUCAUGAGCAGCCCGACCGCCAGCCCGACACAGGAUUUCCGACCGCCUCGGAGACAGGCCACAGUGGAAGACGACCCCGAAACAUAUUUCCCGCAACAACAGCAACAGACAUAUCAUCAAGCGCCGCAACCACGGCAGCGUAGUCUCCCUCGACCUGCGGCCUCGAGCACAGUGGGCCACGGGAAUGCCCUCUCUCAGUUACAACCGGCGCAGGUUCGCACAAUGCGGGAAGCCUUUCAGAUACUAGAUCGUGACAGCGACGGCGUCGUGAACCGGGAAGAUGUGGUGGACAUGCUCAAUCAGCUGGGACUUCCUUCAAAUGCCAGCGACGUUGCCCAGUUCUUCCCUCCGUCAGGGCCGCCAACCAUGCCGAUGGCGCUCUUCCUCAACUCCAUAGCAGAAUCGCUCGCCGCCCUGUCGCCAGGUCCGGAAUUGGUGUCGGCCUUUUCUGCAUUCGACGACGACGACAGCGGUCAGAUCGACGUGGCCGAGCUGCGCGACGCGCUGCUCCAUACCGCGCCGGAGCCCGGCCAGGAGCCUUUGACGGCGCUCGAGGUGGAGAAGGUGAUUGCGGGUUUCACGGGACGGAGGGCGUUUAGCAAGAGCACAGCGGCCGGGUUGGGGAAGCGAGGCGAGGUGUUUCGGUAUCACGAUUUUGUCAAUACGAUUGUUGGGGGCAACGGUGCGGCAGCGCGAGCAGCUGAAGAUGCGGAGGACGACGGUUGA